UGGAUGGGGGCGCUGUGGUCAUUGUGUCACAUGGUCGCUCCGCCUCCGAAAGAGGAAGAGAAGUCUUCGGUCUGUGGAUCCGCCUGUGUGAACAGAGUCGCAGCAUUUGCAGCGUGUAAAAGGGAGAAGGAGAGCACCGAAAAUCAGUAAUCAUGCCGAUGUUCGUGGUGAACACCAACGUGGCCAAAAGUGAUGUGCCAGCGGCCCUGCUGUCUGAGGCCACGGAGGAGCUGGCCAAAGCAAUGGGCAAACCUGCACAGUACAUAGCUGUGCACAUCAACCCGGACCAAAUGAUGAUGUUUGGAGGAAAGGGAGACCCCUGUGCAGUCUGCUCCCUCCACAGUAUUGGCAAGAUCAGCGGUGCUCACAACAAGCAAUACUCUAAACUCCUGUGUGGACUCCUCAACAAACACCUGGGCGUCUCUCCUGACAGGAUUUAUGUUAACUUUGUAGACAUGGAUGCAGCCAACGUGGCCUGGAACAACUCUACCUUUGCCUGAGAUGGAGGUCAACUAACUGAAAUAGAAAAAAAUUCCAGUAUUUUGCUACAUGUAUGAGCAUAGUUAACACAGAAUGAAAAAGCAUACACCUGGUAAUCCACAGGCCAAUAUACUAUACGACUGUCUUAAAAGCACUUAGAAGGACCCUUUUGCAUUGCACUGAUCCUCUCCCCUUUAAAAUGCAAUAAAGCGAACCCUGUAAACCAUAAA